CGGCAAUCCCAGUGUUUGCAGUGGUGCUUUUCCUUUUUUCUAUGGCCACUCUGCUACGGACAAGUUUUAGUGACCCGGGGUGAUACCCCGGGCAUUGCCGGAUGAGGCGGCCUUCAUUGAAAUGGAGAUUGAGGCAGCCAAUGGAAACGUGCCACAAGGUCAGCGCCCGCCACCUCGUAUUAAAAAUGUCCAAAUCAACAAUCAGAUAGUUAAGCUGAAAUACUGUUACACGUGCAAGAUCUUCAGGCCUCCUCGAGCAUCACACUGCAGUAUAUGUGAUAACUGUGUGGAGCGUUUUGACCAUCACUGUCCAUGGGUGGGGAACUGCGUUGGAAAGAGGAAUUAUCGAUACUUCUACCUCUUCAUCCUUUCCUUGUCCCUUCUGACAAUCUACAUAUUCGCC